AUGGAAUCCCCCGCUAUCCAGACCCCGCUUGAUCCGAAAGAGCAACCGAUCCUCGAAUCCGUACUUCGAAUUCGCGAUGCACUUUAUCUGCUAAAACAAGACAAAUCUUCGUAUAUAAGGUCCCGUGAUGUCCUUCCGCUCUACGACCAAGUGACUGCAGAGGUGGAAAAGCUCAAUGCCGUUCGAAACGAUCAAAACCGGCGCCUGGCACAUAACCGCUUGGACUUUGUCCUAGAUGACUGUUUCCAGCUAAUCUCGCUUCUCUUCCUGACGGUUGGGAGGAACAAUGAAGCUCCCGCAGUAUAUUCCCUCGCUGCCACAGUACAACGGCUUCUAGACCACCUGGAAGAAGCCGGAUUUUACAGUGCGAAAGACCUGAGCUCGAUCACAACGACACUCACAGACAUGCGCGAAACAUUAGACCGUGGCAAAGAAGCUCAUUCGCCGGCUAUGUUGACACUGCUCGAAAGCCGUCUAGAAAAGUGCCAGAUCAAGCUACAAAAACUGCAGAAGGAACUAUCGAAAUUAAGCCCCGAACUUGCUUCAACACACGAAACGCUAGUAUCUGUUCUCCGAUCAACCUCAGCUGUGAAUACUCGCUCAAAGUUCUCUGCCAAGGAAGUAAGCGGGCUUCGAGACCAACUGAGGAAGAUUGAAGAUUCAAUGAAGGACGGUAAUCUUGUGGACUCAAAUGGGACGCCCUUUGAAAACCAACAGGAUGUGAAACUGUUGCUACACCGGUGUUGGCGCUGGACCGAGAUAGUGUUGGAGCGCGAGGGUAAAAUCGAUGAGCGAUUCCAGGAGCAGUACGAGCGAUUACUCGAUAUUCGCAAUCAACUAGACCGGCUCUCCGUCACACAAGCGUGGUCCCUCCGCGAGACAGACUUGUUCGUCUACCAGCGCAAGCUUGACCGAAUUGAUGAGGGAAGAAUCAACGGUAACUUCGUCGAUGCCGAGGGGAAGUUAGCAGAUAUUCAUGCGCAACGGACUCUUUUGUAUUUGAUUCGGAGAAGCUACGCAUAUAUCUACGCACUUCUCAUCUCAUCGGAACCUGUCUCUGAAGCAUUGCUACCGGUUUAUAACCAGCUGCAAACAUUAAGACGCUGUCUAUUCGAAGUCAAAGAGUCUGGUGGCGUAUCCAAUUCGCGCGAACUAUACCCAUACAGUAUGAAGCUUAAUUCAAUUGACAACAUGCGCGUCGAUGGCAAAUUCUACAUCGGCAAUGAUAUCCCAGAAGGCCAAGGGGGAGUGAACGCAUUGCUAGCAGAAUGCUAUGAUCUGGUGUGGGAGCUCCGAGCUGCAGUAGCAGAGGACAAAGAGUAG